AUGAACAUGGUUCGGAACCACGUCGCCUACCAUCGUACCUCUCUCACGUCACCGACAAUGAUGAAUUCAUAUUCUUUGAAGUCAGAAGAGGUGAUCGAUGUGUCUGAAGGCGAGAUGAGCGAAUUCUCCUCACUGAUCGGCUUUGUCGGUGGGCCACGCGAGCCGGGAUGCAGUUAUGGAUUCGCGCAAGAGGAUCCGGCGUACGAAAAAGCGGUCAGCGAGUGCCACGUCAUUCAGGAGAAAAAAGACUUUGCGGAAGCGGUGCUUCUGAAAUGCAUCGAUAAUAAGCCUCUCUUCCCGUACAUGCACUUCGCCCAAUUCCGAAACGUGGACUACACGCACCGAGUUAAGCAGAUUUCCGAUUUGGCCAGAGAAUGCUCGCCCACUCAUGGAAGUCUUUAUGGCUGCUAUGACGAGGUCUACUCCAUCCAAAAAACCGCUAGCGUCGGUGAGAACCGCCUGCCAGCGCACCGUCACUCUGGCUACAUUGUCAUCGGAUUCAAGCUGCUCGAGGACGCCGGCAAGCAGGGAACUCUAGAGAAGACGUGGCUUCAAUGGAGUGGCGCGCGCGAGAUCUACAAGCACUCUCCCCGCUCAUGGAACUUGAGACGAAUCUCGUUGAUGAGGUGUCCGACACAUCACAAGAACGGUGUCGCUCAACGCCCGUUCGCCUACAUUCUGAUGUGCGAGUACGGUAGCAUUCUCCACCCAUCGAACACGAUUCAGGCGUUGGACAUUUGCGAGAGAUUGCGAGUUCGGAAUUGUGGACAUAUUGCGUUGUACCAGGUGAGAGAGUUUGGGAAACCAGCUAAGGAAUAG